AUGGCUUCUCUACCUCUCUUCCCCACCGAAGUUCUCGUUCAAAUCUUUAAAGACAAAGCUCUUAAUUCCGGUGAUCAUGCUCGCUGUGCUCGAACUUGCAAGCGUUUUUGCGAUAUCAUCUACUACUCAGGUUCUUUUGGGCUAGACUAUGUCUUUCAAGUCGAUCAUAUAACUCAAUCCGCCUGGAAGUUCGCAAGGGUACUUCUAGCAAACCCUCAAGGUGCCCAACGUAUCCGCGAAAUCAGAGUCGAAUGGCAUCGAAGACAGCGACGAUGGAAAGGUUCCUGGACCCCUUUGUGGACCUGGACCGAAGAAGAACUUUCGAAGAUCUGGGAUAUCUGCGAACAAUGGAAGAUUAGGUCUAUCUAUCCUGCUAUUCGGGAUGGCUUCAAUUCCGAGGCACUACUACCGUUUAUACUCUGCUUUACAAAAGACCUCAAAGUUCUCGACAUCGGCCCUACAUCCAGGGAAUUGAUCCACAACGGUCCACAUGGCUAUAGAUUGAUUGACGUCCGCCGGAUGUUCAAUUACAAAAGAGAGGAUGGUGAACGUUGGGAUGUUCAACGCUGGUAUGACAGCGGCGGCUCAACUAUCAACAAGCGAGGGAAAGCUCGGCGCAAUUCCAUUUUGUGGAUCUAUUCAACUAUGACUUCGGAACCUUGGCUGCCAGGCCUUGCCAGUAUUAGAGAAUUCUCCUGUGGGAACCGCCUGGGAAUACGUAAUCAACGGGUAUCUCGCGAUAACAACUUACCUGUUGUCCACCUAGCAACGCUCGCUGCGCUCCCACGUCUUGAAACUCUGAAGAUUCAUAAUCUAGGAUGCGCGGCGGAGCUAGAAAUCGACCCCAACGACGACCCGAAGCCAACCCAGCCUUCAACUUUGAAACACUUUGAGCUGAUCAAUUGCAUAUACCUGAAAAACGUCUGCGAAAGAAUCGCAGUUUUGGCUCGUGACUCUCUCGAAAGUUUCACACAGGCCGGCACACCGGGUUCAUGCAACGGAUAUCUAUAUUCUCUAGAAUGGACUCUCGGAAGAAACGAUCCUGACGAGAUAAAGAAAGCUGAAGUUACCAUUGAGAAUGAAAUAGCCGACAUUUUCCAACAAGCGCAGAUGAAGAAGUUGACGAGAGGCAAAAUAUAUUUUACGGAGCCCGAAGAGGAGACUAACGACGUCGAGUACUAUUCUUCCGACUGGGACUCCUCUGAGCAUAUGAUAAAUGAGUCUAGAGAUCCGUAUAUGCAGAAGAAGAAGCAUGAUGUUAACUGGGAUUCUGAUGAUGCCAUGGGGAGCGACUUUUAUGAUAUUAACAAGGUCAAAUUAUAUUAUAAACCUGCGGAGAAUUCAGUUUGGUUGCCUGAGGAUUUCGAGCCACAUGUCAUCGAAGAUUAUAACGAAUCAACCAAAACCCGACACGUUAAAGGGCGAAAGAGAAGAAGCCACUUUGUUGGAUAG